UACAUUCUCUUUCCCUGUGUCAGAUCAGGGAUCAUUUUUUUUCCUUCCUCUACUCCCUCCCCCCUACCCGCCCCUCCCUCCCUGUUUCCCUUCCCUCCCUCCCUCCCCUCUCUGCUGGGUCUGUGCGCUGGGGCGCCCGAUCCCCUCCACAGCUGGGACGCUCCGAACUCGAGGCAGGAGUCGGCUCUCCGGAGCCUCGUCCCUCCCUUCCCCUUCCCUGCCCCCUUCCCCCACCCCCGACUCGGGCUUGGCGCGGCGGCCAGAGGAACCCCGAGCACUUCAUGAGGUGGCACUUUCACCAUCAGCCUACUUUAAACACGAGGAAGCAGGCCCAGAGUCCGCCCAACAGCGCGCAGCGAAAAGUCCCGGCCCGGGCCCCUGAGCUGGAGGGAUGGAAAACUCCUCUGCAGCGUCGGCCUCCUCAGAGGCAGGGAGCAGCCGCUCCCAAGAGAUCGAGGAGCUGGAGCGCUUCAUCGACAGCUAUGUGCUGGAGUACCAGGUGCAGGGGCUGCUGGCUGACAAGACAGAGGGUGAUGGCGAGAGUGAGAGGACCCAGUCCCACAUCUCCCAGUGGACAGCGGACUGCAGCGAACCACUGGACAGCAGCUGUUCCUUCUCCCGAGGGCGAGCCCCCCCACAGCAGAAUGGCAGCAAAGACAACUCUCUGGACAUGCUGGGCACGGACAUCUGGGCGGCCAACACCUUCGAUUCCUUCAGUGGUGCCACCUGGGACCUGCAGCCGGAAAAGCUGGACUUCAGCCAGUUCCACCGCAAAGUCCGACACACGCCCAAGCAGCCCCUGCCACACAUCGACCGCGAAGGGUGUGGCAAAGGGAAGCUGGAAGAUGGGGAUGGCAUCAACCUGAAUGACAUCGAGAAGGUCCUUCCAGCCUGGCAGGGCUACCACCCGAUGCCCCAUGAGGUGGAGAUCGCACACACCAAGAAGCUGUUCCGCAGGAGGAGAAAUGAUCGAAGGCGGCAGCAGAGACCUCCGGGGGGGAACAAGCCCCAACAGCAUGGUGACCACCAGCCAGGCAGUGCCAAACACAACAGGGACCACCAGAAAUCCUACCAGGGGGGCUCAGCACCCCACCCCUCAGGGAGGCCCACUCACCACGGCUACAGCCAGAACCGGCGCUGGCACCAUGGCAAUAUGAAGCACCCACCAGGCGACAAGGGGGAGGCAGGCGCACACCGCAAUGCCAAAGAGACCAUGACCAUCGAGAGCCCAAAACUAGAGGACACUGCAGGGGACAUCAGGCACGGCAGCCUUGAGGCCCCCCGCAGCCCUGACACCCUGGCCCCGGUGGCUUCUGAGCGGCUGCCCCCACAGCAGCCAGGGGGGCCAGAGGUUGAGACAAAACGUAAAGACAGUAUUCUUCCCGAGCGCAUCGGGGAGCGGCCCAAAAUUACCCUGCUCCAGUCUUCCAAAGACAGACUGCGGCGAAGGCUAAAGGAAAAGGUACCGGAUGAAGUGGCCGUGGAGACGACCACUCCCCAGCAGAACAAGAUGGACAAGCUGAUCGAGAUCCUGAACAGCAUGCGGAACAACAGCAGCGAUGUGGACGCCAAGCUCACCACCUUCAUGGAGGAGGCCCAGAACUCCACCAACUCCGAGGAGAUGCUGGGUGAGAUCGUGCGCACCAUCUACCAGAAGGCUGUGUCCGACCGCAGCUUCGCCUUCACCGCUGCCAAGCUCUGCGACAAGAUGGCGCUCUUUAUGGUGGAGGGGACCAAGUUCCGGAGCCUUCUCCUCAACAUGCUGCAGAAGGACUUCACGGUGCGCGAGGAGCUGCAGCAGCAGGACGUGGAGCGCUGGCUGGGCUUCAUCACCUUCCUGUGCGAGGUCUUCGGAACCAUGCGCAGCAGCACGGGCGAGCCCUUCCGCGUGCUCGUGUGCCCCAUCUACACCUGCCUCAGGGAGCUCUUGCAAUCUCAGGAUGUGAAGGAAGAUGCUGUCCUUUGCUGCUCUAUGGAGCUGCAGAGUACAGGCCGGCUGCUGGAGGAACAGCUGCCUGAGAUGAUGACAGAGCUCCUGGCCAGUGCGCGGGACAAGAUGCUAUGCCCCUCGGAGUCCAUGCUGACCCGGUCGCUGCUCUUAGAGGUCAUCGAGCUCCACGCUAACAGCUGGAACCCUCUGACGCCCCCCAUCACGCAGUACUACAACAGAACCAUCCAGAAACUGACAGCCUGACAGCCAGGGGGCCUGGCGGGCGGCCCGCGGGCAGCUGGGGCCCUGGUGCACAGGGCCAGAUGGACAGGCGGGAGGACAGGGGUGGCCCUGGCGGGAGAAAGAAAUGGGGAGGCAGGCAGGCAGCGUCGGUGGCCAGUCUGGAGCCAGACGGGGAAGGGAGCAAAUCCCUGAGAGGAGUGCCCCCGCACAAGCCCCCAGCCCGAGCAUGCAAGCUCACACCAAUAAGGGAAGCAUGUUUCUUUUUCCUGGUGGCCCUGGCCCUCCCCUUCCUCACUCCCGCCUCUCCCCUCCCCAUCAGACCCAUCCCCCACGGAGCUUUGUGUGAGGGAUCUCAUCGCUGUGACUCCUCGGAGACCUUGGCAGCCUUGCACGCCGGGGCACCGCUUGGGUCAGAAAGAACCUCGGAAAGCUGAAAAAGUGGGUCGGAGACGGGCUCGCAUUGUUCCCGCAUGCUGUCAGCCGCAGUCGCCAACUGGCAGCAGGCGACGUGUAGCAGAUGUCCGGGAGGACAAAGGCAGGCACGGUCCCCACCAGCCGCCCGUAAUUGACGGCCUUUGUCAGCCAUGGCAGAGCUGACGCUCCACCUCCCACCUCCAAGUCCUCCUCACUGCAGCCCCCCAGCCUCAGGCCUAGGGGGUCAGGCGUGGGGGGCAGAUGGAGUUUGAGUUCCACUUGCACUCUUUUGUUUAUUGUGUUUUAUUUUUCAAAAGUCGGUUGCUUUGAAGUCUCUUUGGUCAAUGAGAAUGCCCGUGAUGUGAUCACACAGUCAGCACUGUUGAGGACCCCUGGAUUAGUGGGAGAUCAAACCCAGCCCCCCUCUAGAAAGAUUCUAGCCACAGACAGCUUGCCAGUAGCCAAUUAGGGUAAUUGGAAACUUCUGCCCCGGCGGGGGUCCCCGCUGGAAUCCUGUGUUCCUUGCCCCUGGCUUCCAGAGCCUCUGUUUUCUCAAAGGGCUGAUACUGUCACCACUGGGACCAAGUUAAACCUGGUCCUGGCCCCAGGGGCCUUGUGGCAAACAGGGCACACAAUGAGACUGGCAAAUUAAAACCAAAAUUCUAGAUGGUGUCUCGUGCUCCACACGCAGGUCUUACUGGGGAAAAGGACGGGAGUGGGGGCUCCCCAGGACUCGAUUUUAGCUAAUGCGCUGUGUCACUGCCCCAGCUCGGACCUAGAAGCCCAGCCCUCCCCUAGCUCUUGGGAAAGGGGCGAAUUCACUGAGUCAUGAAAGGGACAGUCAGGUGACUAGCGGGGUCGCCAGAUGAAGCUUCCCAGCCGGGAAACAAGACUGGGGUUUCUCAGCAGGCCCUGGUCCUGGGGAGCAGGCCCUGUUGUUGGCUGGAGAGGAAGGUGUGGGGUGGAACGGGUGUCCACAUAGCUCCAUCUCUGGGGGCUGGAGCACACACUUUGAUGAGCCCCCCGGAAAUGAUGUCAGAGCCUAGCCACUUCCUUAUUUGCUCUUUUAUAUUGAGGCCGGGCAGGCCCUGGGUCACGUUGGAGGCCCCUCUUGGUCCACACUGGACUGGCCGGGAGGUGAUGGGCGGGGAAGGUUCUCGUGAUUGAUUCUGAGUCUGAGAGUGGUGAGUGGGGAGAGGCUUCCCCAGUUCGCUCCAGCUUUCCCUGCAGCUGCAACCUGCCCUCUGGUCCCAGGUGUGGAGCCUUUGCCUGUCUCCAAAAAGAGCCUGUUGGCGACAAGGUGUGGGGGGCACAAGUUUACCUGAAACAGGUCGGUGGUCUCUCCCAAGAAGCGCACGCCACCUCUGGUCCCUGGCCCUGAACCCUGCCUUCUUCCUCCCUGCACGGUUUCUUCCCAGACUUUCUCAAGCUCCUCCUCACUGCCCUUCUUCCCCAGCCCAGCCUGGGGACACAGAUGCCCCGUGGGUAGGAGGCCUUGAGGGAGGAGCCGGGCUGAUGCGGGGCUGCUCAGGGCAGGCCCCAGGGCGAGCUUGCCAUCGUAGCCAGGCAGCCUCCACCUGUGCUUCAGCGGCCCCUGCCUCCCUGAAGCAUGUGGGGUUUGUCCGCUAGGAGGAGGCAAGGCCCCCAAAGAGAGAAGAGACCUGGGAGUGGGGGCUCAGGUCAGGGAGGAGGCAGGGGAGUGGGGUCUCCUAGACCCAACAGUGAGCUCAGAGCAAGCUUCAUGCAGGACGCUCCGAAACACUGUGUGGAGGGGGCUAUGUUGUGGGCACCUUGGGGCCUGAUACUCCUUCCUCCGAACGGGCUCCUUGGUAGUCUGGCCACAGGGGCAGCUCCCCCUUGGCUGUUAGGACCAGAGUGUGAAGAAGUGAAAUAUAAAUAUGUAUACAUAUAUAAAUAUAUUUUUAAUUACACGUCGUAUCACGGUGGCUCCAGACGUACUGUUUGCCUAGUUUAUUCCACUGCCUGAAAGCGCUUCCUAGCCAAUCUGAACAACACUUUAAGCUGUUUUUCUAAAUGCAGGUUGCUGCUCCUUUUUCAGAUAUGGAAGGAAAACGUUAAGACUUUUUUUUAAAGAAACAACAGUCAAGCCUAAAAUUUGAGACCCUGCGGCAGCUUCCCGAGGGAGACUGCUCAGACAGGAACUGCAGGACAGAAGUGGAUGCCCCACAGACCCUGGCCCCCUCCCCAAGUCCAUCCCCUCUCUGUGGCGUGAGGAAGGCCGCGUCCAAGUUGACCUCUGAAUGUAUGUGAUGACAGGCAGAGCUGGAUAUUGCAUUUCUAAGGCUUGCGUUGCUUUCCCCUCACCCGCGGUUCUUGGCGCAUGGAAGAGGCGGUCCAGCCAUCUGAUGUUGAUCCUGUCUCAGUCUCCCCACUGCCUGUCAGGAUGAGUUAGUCAUUGUUUUUCUCUAAGGCGGCCUGCUUGCCACAGCCCUGCUCCCCAAGGCCCGGUGGCUUUGCCGAAGCUCUGGGACCGCAGCCCCAGCGAGGCUCCCAACCUCACCCGGACGAGGCCAGGAGCCCCGCCACCCUCCACGGGAGUGUGCACCCUCAGACGCCAUUCUGUCUGUUCGUCCUUCUUUGACCAGUCUGUAAACCUUCACUGUUUGGGGAUCGUCCUGUCCAUCCAUGUAAAUGUAAAUGUUGGCCGAGUCGGUAUUUAUUCUGAUUUUUAUUUUAUUCUAUUUUAUUUUCUCCGAGGGAUGAGGGUGGGGGGUGUGGGAACUGUACCACAGAUCAGGCCGGGGCAGCUGUAGGGGCGGGGGCCCAGACAGCCAGGCCGCCACCAGAGCAGCCCCAUGGGGUGCCCCAGACGCGGGCCUCCAAGAAGCCAAGUCCCAGUCUGUUUUCUGGCAUCAGACACCGGCCCGUGUUACUUGUCAGACAGACUCUCAGGCCUGCCCGGGGAGUCGUGUCCCUCAGCUGCAGGGCACUGUGUUGGGAAACCAUUGGCUGGGCCUUUGAGGACACAGAUCAGGAGAAAGACAACUUUCCUCUGCUCGGAACACUCGCACGGAAGGGCUGGCUGCCUCCCUGAGCCGGCUGGGAGCAGGCGACAGGACCUACCUCCCCGGAGCAGGGGCCUGGGGCUUCCAGCCAAAGCUGCCACGGAACCCCGCUAGCGCGACCACCCUCCCUCCGUCGGUAUGUUCUGCUUUCCAGCUGAACCCAAACUACAAGUGGGUUUAAAAAAAUAAACACCACCAAAAGCAAAA